AUGGCGUCAAGCUUGGAACAACUCCAAAAUGUUCUCCUGAACAACCCCGUCGCCAACACUCUGUCAGAUGCCAUCAACUCCUUCUCGGAACGGAGGGCGAAGCUUGGCCUGUCCAACCCCGGCACCACCGAGAACCUGACCAGGGAGGUUCAGCGCGAUGUCCUGCUCACCAACUACAUGUUCACUGGCCUUCGCGCCGACCUUACCAAGGCCUUCAGCAUGUCGCCCUUGUUCCAGGUCUCCCACCAGUUCGCGAUUGGCGAACGUUUGAACCCGUACACCUUUGCCGCGCUGUACGGAACGAACAAGGUUUUCAUGCAAGGAAACAUGGACAACGACGGUCAGCUUUCUACACGAUUCAACUACCGAUGGUCCGACAAGCUCGUCUCGAGAACGCAGUUUCAGGCUGGUGGUGGCCAGGAGAUGCUCCAGUUCGAGAACGAAUACACCGGAGACGACUUCACGGCCUCCCUCAAGAUGCUGAACCCCUCUUGCCUCGACGGCGGUGUCACCGGUAUCUUCAUCGGAAGCUACCUCCAGUCGGUUACCCCUAAACUUGCCCUCGGUCUCGAGACGGUUUGGCAGCGUCAAGCCAUGACCCAGGGCCCCGAGACUGCCACUUCGUACUGCGCUCGCUACAAGUCCGACGACUGGGUUGCCACCGCUCAGCUUCAGGCUCAGGGAGCUUUGAACACAUCGUACUGGAGACGCCUCUCUGAAAAGGUUCAGGCUGGUGUCGACCUGUCUCUUUCGAUCGCUCCCAGUGCCGCAGGCCUCAUGGGCGGCAUGCAGAAGGAGGGCAUCACUACCAUUGGUGCCAAGUACGACUUCAGAAUGUCUACUUUCCGUGCUCAGGUCGACUCUAGGGGCAAGCUCGGCUGCUUGUUGGAGAAGCGCAUUGCUGCCCCCGUCAUGAUGACCCUGGCUGCUGAUGUUGACCACUUCACGCAACAAGCAAAGAUUGGUGUCGCUAUCUCCAUCGAGGCUGGCGGCGAGGAGCUCCAGGAGCAGCAGGAGGCUCUUGGUGCUCAGGGCACCCCCAACAUUCCCUUCUAA